UGCCCACCCUUACCAUUCUUCCACCUAGGAGCCAAUACACAGAAGUUAAAGGUUUAAAAAAAAAAAAGCUCAUGGACCCUAGCUUAGCAACCCCUUGUGAUUAGAACCCUGAACAAUAGCAAAAUGAAGUAAAGCUCUCCUAGAGGUGAUAACUAGAGACACUUGGAUGGGCCAUAUUAUGGGGAGGCGGGAGGAGGAGGAAAUAUGAGGGCCCUAUUCUCUGGAGCUUUUAGCCUGCUGGGAGAUAAGGCUGAAGGAACAUUAGAUAAGACAAGUCAAAGAUUAGAAAGAGGAAAAAUAGAAAGAAAGAAAAAAGCCAGCAGAAGAAGGCAGAUCAUCUACAUUUGCUCAGGGCCACGUGGCCCAACUAGGGCUGUGGGAUGUCAGAGGUGGGAAAAGUGACUCUGGGCUGUGGGCUGUGUGGCCAGGGAGAGCUUUCUGAAUGUGGAAGGCCUUGAAUGAUGAGCAGAGGCAUGCAUAGACUAACUGUGGCUAUUGUCCCUGAGUCCAGUGGGGGUGUGGGGCUAGGGGAGGGAUUUGGGUAGGGAGAUCAUGACUAGGCACGGAGAGCACGAAUGUCAUCCAUGUGGCAUCUUGUAACCCUGUUCCCUGCAGGUAUUUUGUGAUCUAUACCAGCUGUGUGGUGGUGCAGACCUUUCAGAAGGCUACCAGAAAGAAAAGGUGAGUGAAAUGGGGGGGCAUGGGGUCAGGGCAUGGGGAGAGGCAUUAAAUGCUGGGUUGAGUGACUACAGCUCCCUGGAGGUAGCCUAGGACUCACAGCUGAACCUAGGUCAGCCUUGGGCCAUUCAUAAAUGGACUAAAAAGCCUGUUUAUAUACUAAUAUAUGGGAGACAUUCUGAGAGAGUGGAGAGACUGUUGGAUUUGGAGUCUCAGGAGCUGGGUUCAAAUCCUGAAUCUGCCACCUAGAGACUCAAGAUUAGAGAGGGAGAAGGUAAAAGAAAGGGGUUCCACUGUGGGUUUCAUUUCUUCUCUGGGGCCAUGGAAUGACAGUGAAUUUUGGAAGAGCCAGAGGAAGGCAUUGAAGCAGUUCCUGACCAAUGUGACCUUGGAGACUUCGGGGGCAGCUGCCCUGCCUCACGUCCUCUGCCAGCCUCUCACAGAUCAUGUGCAGCAGUAUGUCCUUAUCUUGCUGAGACUUGGAGAUGCUGUUGGUGAGCAUCAUCCUGCCAGGGAGCUGGCUAUCCAGGCUGCUGACCGCUUUGUGACUCUUCAGUCCUUCAUCAGACAGGCUCUGGAUAAAGCCUCAGCCACCCAGGACCUGUGGGAGACGCUGGGCAACCGGCUGGUGGAUGCCCUCUGCACAGCAGAUCGGCGACUGCUUCAGGACAGCCAGAAGGUGCCAGUGGUGGCCAGCCCGGUCCGAGCUGACCGAGUCCUCCUUUUCAAUGAUGUUCUUGUUCUAGUGCAGGGUCACAGCUUUCAGAUGUUUGACCUGAAGCUGGUCUGGGUGGAGGCCAGGAUGGAUGAGAAGCAGAUCUCCAGUAGGUAUGGGUUUCAUGUCAUCACACCUGAAGAAGAGUUCUGUCUCUCUGCUAAGGAUGCCCAGGGCCAGGUUUGCUGGCUGUCUAAGGUGAGCCAGGCCAUCUGCCAGGCACUGAAUGGAAAGAAGGAUAUCCCUGGGCUGGAGAAAGACCAGAAUCAGGAGGGGAUUGAACCCCCUGCUGCCCGAUGCUGCCUCUACACUUUUCAAACUGUGGACCGGUUCCGUCUUGCAACCUAUGAUGGCAAUUGGUUCUGGGGGAAGCCCCAUGGAAAGGGUACCUUGAAGUGGCCAGAUGGAAGAAAUCAUGUGGGUGAUUUCCACCAAGGCUUGGAGCAUGGGUUUGGGAUCCGCUUGGUCCCUCAUGGGGCUGAAGACAAGUAUGACUGUUACAAAUGCCACUGGUGGGAGGGCCAAAUGCAGGGCUAUGGCAUCUGUGAGUACGCCGAUGAGUCUAUGUACAAAGGCUACUUCCGAGACAACCUGCGCCAGGGGUUUGGGGUCCUGGAGAGCUCCCCUCAGGCUCCGCAGCCCUUCAAGUUCAUGGGGCACUGGCACAGGGACAAGAAGAAUGGAUAUGGGGUCUGGGAAGACAAAGACAGGGGGGAGCGUUACAUUGGAAUGUGGCAGGCUGACCACCGGCAUGGGCAGGGCAUCGUGGUCACUCAGUCUGGCAUCUGUUACCAGAGGACUUUCCAUGCAGACAAGAUGGUGGGUCCUGGGAUACUCCUACUGGAAGAUGACUCACUCUAUGAGGGCAGCUUCACAAGAGACCUGGCUUAUAUAGGGAAGGGCAAGAUCACUUUCCCUAAUGGCUACUUCCUAAAAGCCUCCUUCAGUAGCGGGGUCGGUAGGGGCUUCCAAACCCAGGGGGUCCUGGAGACAAGCGCUCACCCUCUGGAUCCCAUGCACACCUGUAAACGCCAGUUGGGGCUGGAUGCCUUUCCUGUGGAGAGCCGAUGGCAAGGCAUCUACCAGCAGUUCCAGGAGUUCAUCAACUUGAACUGUCCAGAGGAAACUCAAGAGGUUUUCUUGGGCUUCCAUAUCCAGACAGCCAAAGAGCUCCGGAAAUCCCAGGAGUAUCUAUUCUGUGAUAGAAGUAACCCGGAUGAAGUCUCAGCAAAGAUCAAGGACAUACUUGCAGAACUGCCAACACACCGGGAACCAGAGUCACUCCAACUCUACCUACAGAAAGCCUUGAAAUCUUCAGUGCACCCUCUGGGGAAGCUGCUGAAGCUGCUGACACUGGCCUUCCAGGCCACCUACUCUGGCAUUGGGGCCAACAAACAUCUGCUGGUCUUGGCCCAGGAGGAGGUGAAACACCACGCCAAGGAAAUCUGGGCCUUCUAUCGGGGGCUGUUGCAUGUAGCCUUGAAACAGCAGGACCAGACUCAGGAGGAGAAUGAAGGCACUGAAAAAAGUCACCCUGAGGCGUACAGGCUGGUCCUGCCACUCAUCCUGCCCUGCUUCUAUCCUGAACUCUUCAUGCUGUACAUGCUGUACCAUGAGAAAGAAGACAACCUCUACAGUCAGGGUAUAUCUGACCUGAGCCUCUUCCCAGAUACCAAGCUGCUGGAAUGCCUGGAUGUGCAGAAGCAUCUGUGGCCCCUCAAGGACCUCACACUGACCACCAAUCAGAGACACUCCCUGGUUAGAGACAAGUGCUUCCUCUCUGCCACUGAAUGCUUGCAGAAGAUCAUCACCACAGUGGAUCCCCGGGAGAAGCUGGAGAUGCUUGAGAAGACAUACGAUGAGAUAGAGGACACGGUUUCCCGGGUUCUGGAGAGGGAAUAUAAGCUUCCAAUGGAUGACCUGCUGCCCUUACUCAUCUAUGUUGUGUCCCGUGCCAGGAUCCAGCACCUGGGAGCAGAAAUCCAUCUGAUCAGGGACAUGAUGGAUCCCAUCCACAGAGGAGGAUUAUAUGACUUCUUGCUGACGGCCCUGGAGUCCUGUUAUGAACACAUCCAGAAGGAGGACAUGAGGCUGCAUCGCUUGGCUGGAGUCCGUAAUCAGAAGGCCCUGUGGUAGCUCAGCCCUACCCCGGGGGAAUCUCUUCCCCGGGUCUGGGUCAGGUCGAAGGCUGAGGAAGAAGCUGGGAGCAGAGAGCCGAUGACGUUUAUUAGUCACCCGUGCUGAGGUGGCUGCUUGAACCAGGGUCUGUUCUGUUCUGCACAUCUCCAAAGAGGGAGCUCCAGACACUGUCUAGGCCAUCUGAGGCAAAUGCCCAUUCCCCCUUGGGGUGCUACUUCUCAGGAAAGGGAUGUCUUCUCUCUCUGGCCUUUGCAGCUUCCCUUUCCAGGACAACCCAGCAGGCGCACAGGCUCUAGGGUCUUCCACUAAGCUAGGGGAAAAUAAUAUUGCACUUUAAGUAUUUUUUGAAAAAAAAAUUUUUUAAUAAAAGAAAUUGAACAUUCACAUUGUACAAAGCUACUGUCAGAUAUGGCAGAGAAUUCUGAAAUGUUUUUAUCCUGGUCUCUCCCUUCGAGGACCUCACACUGCGCAGACAGCCCUAAAGGGCUGGAUUCUCUGUGCUCAGAGCCAGGCCUGAGCCAUCCAGACAGAAAUAGUGGCCUGUGACUAUCCUGCACAUCCCUUGCCCCUCUGGCCUCCUUUUUUCCAGGGGGCCAAGGGAAGGCAGGGUGGGAAAAGCAGAGCCCCCAUGCCUCUCUGUCUGCUGCAUUGGGCCUGAUCCCUCAGGUGGACCCAGCUAUAAUACAAGGGGGAAUGCUGGCAACAGGGCAAUGCUGGCCAGGGGUAGUGUGAGAGCUGGCUGAAGCUUUGGGAAGAAUCUUAGGGAUGAUUUUCCCCCCAUUUCUAAGCUGUAGCCUUUUUGGUGGCCCUAGUUAUGAAUUGCUCUUAUUCCUGAAGGGCCUCGUCACACAUAGCCUUCUGGUGUCAUUAGCUCCUUGUCAUGGAUGGGGGGCCUGGGCCUCUGAGAGGAUGACUCACCCCUGGGGCCACGGACAGAAUCGGGGGUCUGUGGUUUUCUACACGUGACCACUCUCAGCAUCUUUGUCCCACACCAACAGACAAGCUCCCAUAGAGCCACAGUACGAUUUUUCUGGAGAAUCUGCUGCUGCUGCUCCUUUACUCAGCCUGUGGGUCUCUGGCAUUCCACCUGAUGGCUUUUGGGGAGCCCAUGUGGGAGGUGGGGGUGCAUAGGCACCAGGAUGGAGAGAAGCUUCCCUAGACCCUCCCCUGGCCACACCAAUAACACAAGCCAAUAAACAUCUACUGUAAGAGC